UCAUCAUUUUUCAAAACACUUCUUUCAUCUCUUUCACACACACACACACACACACACACACACAGUUGCCAUUUCCGGCCGGCAUGGCGACGGACCCACCGGAAGGCUACGGCGACGAUUUCCUCGAACAAAUUCUCGCUAUUCCUUCAUAUAACAACAACAAUAACAACAACAGCCACCACCACCACCACCUUGCCGGAGCUCCUGACUCACUUUCCGUUCACCAUCAACAGAAUCAAACCGUUUUUCCGUUAGGUUUAAGUUUAGAUAACGGCCGUGACCCAAUCGGACCGUUUUCAGCUCAUCAACAACAACAACAGCGUGAGAGAGUUGGAGCAGGAGGGAGUAUGAAUAUGAGUGGUUUGUUUCCACAGUUUGAUAAUACUAACAUGCAGCAGCAGCAGCAACAGUCACACUCUCUUAUACAUUCUGUUCCUCAGGCUUUUCAAGGGCAACCAACUACUAGCACAGCCGUGAGUGUGCCCCACCCACCUACUAUUCGGCCCAGGGUACGAGCUCGGCGGGGACAAGCCACGGAUCCUCAUAGCAUAGCUGAGCGUCUGCGUCGAGAAAGAAUUGCAGAAAGAAUGAGGGCUUUACAGGAACUUGUUCCCAGCUGCAACAAGACUGAUAAGGCUGCUAUGCUUGAUGAGAUUCUGGAUUACGUCAAAUUCUUACGACUUCAGGUCAAGGUUCUGAGCAUGAGUAGGCUGGGUGGAGCUGGUGCAGUAGCGCAACUUGUAUCUGAUGUUCCAUUGCAAUCUGUGGAGGGGGACACAAGUGAAAAUGGAUAUAAUCAACCAGCAUGGGAGAACUGGUCAAAUGAUGAUACCGAACGGGAAGUUGCAAAACUCAUGGAAGAGGAUGUUGGAGCUGCCAUGCAAUUUCUCCAGUCAAAAGCACUAUGCAUCAUGCCCAUAUCACUUGCUUCACUAAUCUACCCUACCCACCAACCAGAUGCUAAUUCUUUGGUCAAACCAGAACCUUCUGCACCUUCCUAGACCAAUAAUCCACUGCACGUGCCUACAGAACUCCUAUCAGCCCUUAUGUUCCAUAUGUCGUUCAUAUAUAUGAUAACUAGUACUUCUCUCUUUUCAGUCAGUUGUGGCAAUGUGAUGUUAAUCAUAAGCCACAAAUUUUGCUCCCCACCCCUCCAUCCUAUCUAGCUUGACGUAGAUCAGAUUGGGUGGCAUUGUGUACGAGGGAAUUACAGAAGAAAUUGCAGUUCUCUCUAUAUUUAACCUUGUAAAGUGAAAGGGGGAUAUGAUCAUUGUGUGCAUUCCUUGUUAUGAUCUGGAAUAGUGGGUAUUUAAAUUACUUAUUAUGCAACUAAAUUGUAUUCUGAGAUAGUCUUUUGACGUUGAUAACCAGUGUUAGUUCUUUGCUGUUUGUUUAUUACUA